AUUUAAUGUUUUCUUCAUUGUUCCAUGUCAUUCCAUGUGCAUGUGUAGAUUUUAUUUUGUUUUUGUUUCUGUUGUUAUCUCCAGAAAUUUGUACCUGCGAGGAGGGACCUAUUCAGAGCAAAUCCCCCCCCCCGCCCACCUCGCAGCCAUUGUGCCUGUUUGGGUGAACUCAUGAUGUAAUAGGUUGAUGCCCAAGAAGUUUGCCCCCAAAAUGCUUUCACCCUUUUACCUCUUUGGUAGAGAGACCAUAUCUUUCAUUUGGUCACACUUCUCUGUAAGAUGUUAUAAGAAUGCCGCAGGGAAAGAUCACAUAGCCCCUCCUGUUAAUUUAGUUUGUUCUCAGUAGAGCAAUUAAAUUAUAGAAUAGAAAGAGCCCAGAGCUCAGCCCCAAAUGCAGAGAAUAUUUGGUAAAUAUAUAACACCAGGCAAUAGGAUUCAUAGGGCCCCUGUUCUUCCUCUCCUUCAGCCUCAAUCCUGAGACGAUCUGAGUAUGUCCAACUCAUUCCAGAGUUCACUGCUUCUUCCCAUUUUUACUUCUGAUGGGAUGAUUGCUUCUGCCAAUAGCUAGACUUAGAGCAUAAGAAAAUUUUACCUUGGAUCCACAAUCUGAGCCGCCCUAAAAGAAAACAACAGGUGGGAGGCAGGGGUGGAGACAUUUCAAGCCAGGCCUGUACAAGGCAGCUAAUCUUAGGGCUCUGCACUCAAUGGGUGCUUUUGCUUCCUCGGGGUGCUUCAAACAGGUAGCAUGCUGGUGGGACCUGUAACAAUCCACGGGGACCCGGACAAUGUCUGGGAUUACAUCCCACAGAGGAGUCUCUGUCAGGUGACCGGCAGGCGAAUGUCUGACUCUCCUCCCUCCUCCAGUGACCUAUGGAGUAAGAAAAUGACCAGUAACCAAGCAGGCAUCUCAUUUGAACUGUAAAAGAAGUCUGGUGUGUUUCUAAAUGGACAUGUGAAAUGUUCCUAAAUAAGAAAAAGCACCCUUUCCUAAGGUGGUUUUUUCGUGUGUGUGUGUUUUGUUUUGUUUUAAGAUGUUGCUAUUCCAUGUGACUAUCAAGGCCACCCAUGUGGGUAGGAAGUAAAGGAGCUGGCACAGAACCUAGAAAUUGAGUUUUGGAUGAAGUUGAACCCAUUAUCCAACAGCAAAGUUAAUGUUUGUAGAGUUCCUGUGAGCUCACAGCCCUUUUGUAUGGCACGUGUUAUUUCUCCCAUGUCCCCAGAAAGUGGAGAAACUUGGAGCAGAGUGGGAAAAGUACUUGGAAGAAUUCUGUAAUGACUUGAGCCUGAGCCGGGCUUAAUACUUGAGUCUUUGAACUCUUCCCUACUGAGACUGUUGCUUUUAUAACAGUCUGUUUUUGUUGGUUAUUGCAGCUUUUAAAAAUAAGAAACAUGCACAGUCUUAAACAGUAGUAUGUUAUAGCAGUAUUAGCAAUAGCAGACAUUUAUUUAUUGCUUACUAAGUGCCGGGCAGAGUUGUAAAAACUUCUCAUAUAUUAACUCUUUCAAUCCUCAACCUGUGAAAGUGGUUACGGUUAUCAUCCCCAUUUAACAGAUGAGAAAACUGAGCCCCAGCAGUGAGGGAACAAGCCUAAUUAGGUAGAAAGUGAUAUGACUCUAAUAAAUGGUAUCUCAUAUUGUUAUUAGAUUGCAAUCAGUUUGGCCAUCAGAAAUUAAAUUAUGGGAGGCUUUUUCCACCCUGUGUGCUUCCUACCAAGUACUACCAAUGCCUAUAGCCUUCUUUGUGUUUUCAUAAAAUGAUGGAGAAAUAAAACACAUUUCUUUACCAUGUCAACUGUGAGAGUUGCCACCCGUGACUGCAUUUUUCUGCUUUUUGUCAUAACAUCAGUCCUCUCAACAGGUCCUAUAGUCCAUUGAUCCUAUUUCCUUCUCCAUCCCUCACCCCCUCAUGCCCUUACUCUUCUUCUUAAAUAAUGUUAAGUUCCAAGUCAGUCAUUAUAAUCACUGCCUCUUCUAGUACACUAUCAGUCCCCUUGCCCUCUUUUGCUUUGUCACACUUGCUUGGCCAAACCACAACUCCGGCCGAAUCCAAAUCUCUGCAUGCUCUGUGGGUGUUCUCCUUGGCUGGAGGGAACUCUGAACAUGUUCUCUGGCCUCGCUGGUUGUUUUUUUUUUUUUUUGGCUGUGCCGCACAGCUUGUGGGAUCCUAGUCCGCAACCCAUGAUCGAACCUGGGCCCUCAGCAGUGAGAGCGGGGAGUCCCAACCACUGGACCGCUAGGGAAUUCCCUGGCCUCACUGUUGAUUCACGAUCACUAACCUCAAGGAGACCCUUAGUGCUGCCUGGGAAUCCUGCUGUAUUUCUACAGUUUAUUCAUUCUCCUGCCCUCCUAGAGGAUUGUUCCAGACCUUCUCCUCUCUUCUCAAAAGUCCCUUCUCAGCCUUUGCUGAUGACCUUACUUCCUGUUUCAUCGAGAAAACAUUAUUGGCGCUCACCGCCGUAUCUAUGCACCUAAUUGCAUCUGUGCUAUUUCCCCUUUCCUGUAUUUAGUAGGUGUUUGCCGUCCAUGCUCCCAGCAAAGCCCAAGGCCUCCACUUGCGCACUAGGUUUCGUUCCUCUUUGCUGAGUCAAGAGUGUUGCUCCAGCCUUCCUCCCCUCUCUCUUAAAAGUUACUUCUCUAGUGGCACAUUCCUAUCAGCAUAAAACUGUUGGUGUUUCUUUCAUCUUGAAAACAGCAACCAUAGAUUCUCUUGAUUAUACUUUUCCUCCAGAUACCAACCCGUUUCUCUACUUCCUUCUUGAGCAGACUCCUUAAGAAUUCUCUUUUCUUGAUUCUCUGAUUUUUCUCCUUCCAAUCUCCUUGAUCCCACUGUAAUCAUGUAUUUGCCCUCACUUUUCUAUCAGAACUGCUCUUCUCGAGGUCACCGAGAACCUUCAUGUUGCUAAAUCAGUAGUCCCUUCUCAGUUCUCAGUUUGGGGAAGCCAGAAUCAUUUGACAAGUUGGUCUCCUUGAAACACUUUGUUCACUUGCUUCCAGGAUACCACGCUUACCUGGUUUUCUUCCUGCCUCUCUCACUGAUGUUAUCUCCUUUGCUGAUUCCUCCUUAUCAUUCUACCUCUAAUGCUGAAGGACAUAGAGGCUUAGUCCUUGGACCACUUCUCAUUCUUUUGUAUAGCGCAACCCUGGAGAAGUUUUUGAGGCUAAUGUUAUAAGUACUGUACAUAUGCUGAUAACUCCAAAAUUCAUCUCUCCAGCUCCGAUUUCUCCCUUGACUUUUUUUUUAUUUAACUGCUAUAUUGAGAUGUAAUUCACAUGCCAUACCAAUCACCCAUUUAAAAUGUACAAUUCAGUGGUUUUUAGUGUAUUAAGAGAGUUGUGCAGUUAUCACCACAGUAAAUUUUAGAACAUUUUCAUUACCCCAGAAAGAAACCCCAUAACCAUUAGCAGUAACUCUGUUUCUCUCAAUCUUACCCCAGGCCUAGACAACUACUAAUCUACUUUCUACCUGUAUAUAUUUGCCUAUCCUGGACAUUUUAUAAAAAUGGAACCAUGUAAUAUGUGGUUUUCUUGUUUUUUGGGUUUUUUUUUGCGAUACGCGGGCCUCUCAGUGUUGUGGCCUCUCCCGUUGCGGAGCACAGGCUCCGGACGCGCAGGCUCAGCGGCCAUGGCUCACGGGUCCAGCCGCUCCGUGGCAUGUGGGAUCUUCCCGGACCGGGGCACGAACCCGUGUCCCUUGCAUCGGCAAGCGGACUCUCAACCACUGCGCCACCAGGGAAGCCCAAUAUGUGGUUUUUUUGUGUCUGAUUUCUUUCACUUAGCAUAAUGUUUUCAAGGUUCAUUCAUAUUGUAGCAUAUAUCAGUACUUCAUUCCUUUUUGUGGCUGAAUGAUAUUCCAUUGUAUAUUCCAAUGGAUUUUGUCUAUCCAUUCAUCUGUUGAUUUACAUUUGCAUUGUUUCCACUUUGGGGGCAUUAAAAACAAUGUUGCUAAGGACAUUCAAGUACAAGUUUUUGUGUGGACAUAUGUUUUCAUUUCACCUGUGCAUAUACCUUGGAUUGAAAUUGCUGGGUCAUAUGGUUACUAUGUUUGGUCUUUUCUGAGAAACUCCAGAUUAUUUUCCAAAGAAACUCCACCAUAUUAUAUUCCUACCCACAGUGCAUGAGGAUUCUGAUUUCUCUGCAUCCUUUCCAGUACUUGUUAUUAUCUGUUUCUUUGAUAAUAGCCAUCCUUGUGGUUGUGAAGUGGUAUCUCAUUGUGGUUUUGAUUUGCAUUUCCCUAAGGAUGUCAGGCAUGUUUUCUCAUUUGUUGCCCCUUUGUAUAUCUUCUUUGGAGAAAUGUCUAUUCAAGUCCUUGGACAAUUUUUUAUUUGGAUUGUUUGUUUUUUUGUUGUUGAAUUGUAAGCUUUCUGUAUAUAUUUUGGAUCCUAGUCCCUUAUCAGAUACAUGAUUUGCCAAAAUUUACCCAUUCUGUUGGCUUUUCAUUUUCUUGAUAGUGUCCUUUGAGGCACAAAAGUUUUAAAUUUUGGUGAAGCUUAAUUUGUUUUUUUCAUUUGUUUCUUGUACUUUUAAGAAAUUGUUGUCUAAUUUAAGGUCAGAGAGAUUCACCUGGGUUUACUUCCAAGAGUUUUAUAGUUUUAGGUGUUUGAUCCCUUUUGAGUUAAUUUUUGUCUGUAGUGUGCGGUAGGGGUCCAUCUUCAUUUUUUUGCAUGGGGAUAUCCAGUUGUUCCAGCAUCAUUUAUUGGAAACACUGUUCUUUCUCAGUUGAAUGGUCUUGGCACCCUUGUCAAUCAGCCAUAGAUAUUUGGGUUUACUUCUAUACUCUCAAUUCUAUUCCUUUGGUCUAUGUGUUUAUCCUUAUGCCAAUACUGUUAUGAUUACUAUAGCUUUGUAGUUAAUUUUGAAGUCAGGAAGUAUGAGUCCUUCAACUUUGUUCUUCUUUUUCAAGAUUCUUUUGGCUUUUUGAGGUUGCUUUCAAUUUCCUUUGAAUUUUAGGAUCAGUUUAUCCAUUUCUGUGAAAAAGGCACUUGGGAUUUUGAUAGGGAUUGCAUUGAAUCUCUAGAUCAAUUUGGGGAGUAUUGACAUCUUAACAACAUUAAAGUCUUCUAGUGUAUGAACAUGGGAUGUCUUUCCAGUUUUUUAGACCUUCCUUGAUUUCUUUCAGCUGUUUUGUAGUUUUUGAUGUACAAGCCUUGUCUUUGCUUUCAUAGUUCAUUUUUCCCCCUAGUUGUUUCAGCACCAAAUGUUGAAAAUACUGUGCUUUCCCCUAUUGAAUUAUCAUGGAACCUUUGUAAAAACUCUAUUUACAGAUAAAGAAGAUGUGGUAUAUAUACAAUGGAAUACUACUCAACCAUAAAACAAGAUGAAAUCUUGCCAUUUGCUACAAUAUCGAUGGACCUUGAGAGUAUUAUGCUAAGUGAAAUAAGUCAGAGAAAGACAAGUACUGUAUGAUGUCACUCAUAUGUAGAACAUGAAGAAUAAACAAACAAAAUGAACAAACCAGGGGCUUCCCUGGUGGCGCAGUGGUUGAGAGUCCACCUGCUGAUGCAGGGGACAUGGGUUCGUGCCCCGGUACGGGAAGAUCCCACGUGCCGCGGAGCGGCUGGGCCCGUGAGCCUGCGCGUCCGGAGCCUGUGCUUCGCAGCGGGAGAGACCACAACAGUGAGAGGCCCGCGUACCGCAAAAAAUAAAUAAAUUAAAAAAAAAAAAAAAAAAAAAGAACAAACCAAAGGAAGACCAGCGCGUAGAUACAGAGAACAGAUUAGUGGUUACCAGAGAAGAAGAGGCAGAGGAGAGGGGAAGGGCAAAAUUGGUAAAAGUGAUCAACUAUAUGGUGACAGAGGGCAACUAAAUUUUUGGUGGUGAGCAUGCUAUAGUGUAUACAGAUGUAGAAAUAUAAAGUUGUACACAUGAAACUUAUAUAUGUUAUAAACCAGUGUUACCGAAAUAAGAAAGAAAGGAAUAAGGAAAAGAAGAGAAACUAGUCACCAUAUAUCUGUGGGCCUACUUCUGGACUGUAUUCUGUCCUGCUCUAUAUGUCUGUCCUUAUGCAAAUUCCACACUCUUUUGAUUAUUGUGGUGUUAUAGUAAGUCUUGAAAUCAAAUAUUGAUAUUGUAAAUCCUCUACCUUAUUCUUUGAAAUUAUUGUUUAGAGUAUUCUCAAUCCUUUGAAUUUCCAUAUACAUUUCAGAAUCAGCUUAUAUGUUUCUAGGAAAAAAGCCUACAGGAAUUUUGAUUGGGAUUGAGUGAAAUUUAUGAAUGAAUUUUAAUAUUGCAACCUCCAAUCCAUGAAAGUGAUUUUCUCUACAUUUAUUUAAGUGAUCUUUAAUCUCUCUCAGCCAUCUUUUACAGUUUUAGAAUAAAGGUCUUGCACACAUUUUUAAACAUUUAUCUCUAAGAAUUUCACAUUAAAAUUAUUUUAAAAAAUUAAUUGUGGUGAACAUACACAUAACAAAAUUUACCAUCUUAACCACUUUUAAGGGUUCAGUUCAGUAGUGGUAAGUAUAUUCAUAUUGUUGUGUGACCAAUUUCCAGAACUUUUUCAUCUUGAAAAACAGAAACUCUGUGCCCAUUAAACAACAACUCCCCAUUUCUCCCUCCCCCAGCCCUUGGAAACCACCAUUGUACUUCUGUUUCUAUACAUUUGACUACUCUUGCUACCGCAUGUAAGUGUUUGUCUUUGCUACAUCAUAUGGUGUUUGUCUUUCUGUAACCUGGCUUAUUUCACUUAGCUUGAUAUCCUCAGAGUUUGUCCAUUUAUAGCAAGUGCCAGAGUUUCUUUCCAUUUUAAGGCUGAUUAAUAUUCUGUUGCACACAUAUCACAUUUUGUUUAACCAUUCAUUCAUCGAUGGACACUUGCGUUGCUCCCAUAUUUUGACUAUUGUGAAUAAUGCUGCUGUGAACACGGAUAUACAAAUAUCUCUUUGAGACCUUGUUUUCAGUUCUUUUGUAUGUAUACAAGGAAGUGGUAUUGCUGGACCAUAUGGUAAUUUUAUUUUUAAUUUUUUGAGAAACUGCCAUACUGUUUUCCACAGUGGCUGCACCAGUUUACAUUCCCUCCGACAAUGUACGAGGCUUCUCUUUAAUCCACAUCCUUACUAGCAUUUGUUAUGUCUUGUCUUUUGGAUAAUAGACAUCCUAACAGGUGUAGGGUGAUAGGUCAUUGUGGUUUUAAUUUGUAUUUCCCUAAUCAUUAGUGAUGUUAAGCAUCUUUUCAUGUGCUUGUUGACUAUCCAUAUAUCUUCUCUGGAGAAAUUCUGUUCAAGUCUUCUAUUUUUAAAUUGGGCUAUUUGUUUUUUGUUGAGUUGUAGAAGUUCUUUAUAUAUUCUGGAUAUUAACCCCUUAUUAGAUAUAUGAUUUGCAAAUAUUUUCUCCCAUUCCGUAGGUUGCUAUUUCACUCUGUUGUGUCCUUUGAUGCACAGAGGUUUUAAAUCUUGAUGUGUCUAACUUAUCUGUUUUUAUUUUUGUUGCCUGUGCUUUUGGUGUCAUAUCUGUUGAGAGUACUUUUAAAAACUUCAUUUUCCGGGACUUUCCUGGUGGUGCAGUGGUUAAGAAUCCGCCGGCCAGUGCAGGGGACACGGGUUUGAGUCCUGGUCCAGGAAGAUCCCACAUGCUGCGGAGCAAGUAAGCCUGUGCGCCAUAACUGCUGAGCCUGUGCUCUAGAGCCUGUGAGCCACAACUACUGAGCCCACAUGCCACAACUACUGAAGCCCACGUGCCUGGAGCCCGUGCUGCACAACAAGAGAAGCCACCGCAAGAGAAGCCCGCGCACUGCAACGAAGAGCAGCCCUCUCCCGUUGCAACGAGAGAAAGCCCACGCGCAACAACGAAGACCCAACACAGCCAUAAAUAAAUAAAUAAGGAAAAUAUUUUUUUAAAAAACUUCAUUUUCCUAUAGUUUAUUGCCAUAUAAAUAUGAUUGAUUUUUGUGUGUUGAUUUUGUAUCUUAUGGCCUUGCUAAGUUAACUUGCUGGUUCUAGUAGCUUUUGUGUAGUCCAUAGAACUUUCUACACACAUAACUACAUAAUCUGCGAAUCAAGACAGCUUUACUACUUCUUUUUAAAUCUGUAUGCUUUAUUACUUCAUUGCAGUGGCUAGGAUCUACAGUACAAUGUUGAAUAGAAGUAGUGAGACAGGCAUCUUUGGCUUGUUCCCAGCCUUAGGAGGAAGCAUUCAGUCUCCCAUUAUUAAGUAUGAUGCUAGCUGUUUCAUAAAGUUUCCUUCUAUUUCUGGUUUGCUGAGAGUUGUUAUUUUCAGUGGCUGUUGAGUUUUGUCAAAUGCUUGUUCUGCAUCUGUUGUGAUGAUCAUAAGAUUUUUCUCCUUUAUUCUGUUAAUAUGGUGGAUAACAUUGUUUUCUAAGAGUAAAAGAAUCCAAUUGGUCAUGAUAUAUUAUUCUUUUUAUAUGUUAUUCAUUUCAAUUUGUUAAAAUUUUGCUAAGGAUUUUUACUUUUAUGCUUAUAAGGAGUAUUUGUAAUUUUCUUUUCAAGUAAUGUUUUUGUCUUGUUUUGGUACCAGUAAUAUUGGCCUCAUACAGUGAUUUGGGAAGUGUUUCUUUUCUAUUUCCUGGACGAUGUUGUGUAGUAUUUUUUUUUUCUUAAAUGUUUGAUAGAAUUCACCAGUAAAGUCUUCUGGGCCUGGAAUUUUCUUUUUAGAAAAGUUUAACUAAAAAUUUAAUUUCUUUAACAGGUAUAGGGCUAUUCAGUUUAUUUGUUUCUUAUCAAAUAAGCUUUAGUAGUUUUGUCUUUUUCAUGUAAUUUGUCCAUUUCAUCUAAGUUGUUGAAUUUAUCAGCAAGAAGUUGUUUGUCAUAUUUCUUUAUACUUUUAGCGGCUGUAAGAAUGUUUACCCGUCUUUCAUUCCUGACUUUGGAAAUUUGUGUCUUCUCUUUUUUCUGAUUAGUCUGCCUAGAGAUUUAUCAAUUUUAUUAAUUGUUUCAGUGAACCAGCUUUUGGUUUCAUUGAUUGAAUCUAUUGUUUUUCUCUCUUCUAUUUUGUUGAUUUCUGCUUUUUAUUUCUUCCUUCUUUCAGUUUAAUUUGCUCUUCUUUUCCUAGCUUCUAAAGCUUGAAGUUUAAAUCACUGAUUUUAGACCUUUCUUCUUUUCUAAAAUAAGCAUUUAAAGCCAUGAAUUUCCCUAUAAACACUAUUUUAGGCCCUUGGGCCGCGCCCGGCGGGGCAUGGCAUCCGAGCAAGGUGGUCGUCGGCUGGCGGCCAGUGCUGGGUACCGGGCGUGGGCCGGGGGAUCGGCUGCAUACUGGGGCCGAGGGCCGGGUCAGGCGGGGCCGCUUUCUGCCUCUCGCUGGCCGCGGCAGCGACAGCGGCAGGCGCCAGCGAGGCCCCUGGGGAGUGGCGGCGCAGCCUGACGGGUGGGACCAUCGGCCGCGCUCAACCGGCGCGAUGCUUUUCUCGCUCCGGGAGCUGGUGCAGUGGCUGGGCCUCGCUACCUUCGAGAUCUUCGUGCACCUGUUGGCCCUGCUGGUGUUCUCCGUGCUGCUGGCCCUGCGUGUGGACGGCCUGGCUCCCGGCCUCUCCUGGUGGAACGUGUUCGUGCCCUUCUUCGCCGCUGACGGGCUCAGCACCUACAUCACCACUAUCAUCUCCGUGCGCCUCUUUCAGGAUGGAGAGAAGCGGCUGGCCAUGCUCCGCCUUUUCUGGUUCCUCACGGUUCUUAGCCUGAAGUUCGUCUUCGAGAUGUUGUUGUGCCGGAAGCUGGUGGAGCCGACUCGGGAGCUCUGGUUCGGCCUGAUCACGUCUCCGGUCUUCAUUCUCCUGCAGCUGCUCAUGAUCCGUGCCUGCCGGGUCAACUAGCCUCGCAGAAGAUAAGCUAGAAUGCGGGACCCCAGGCUGAGGUCCUGCUGCACCAGAGGAGAAUUCUGGGUCUGAAAGCCAGCUUGUGCCCUGCUGGGUGCCCAGCUUUCUCUCUAUCAGUCAUCUCUGAAAUGGUUCCCUCAGCAGGGCUAAAAAGAGCAGCCUUGAUUCUUAAAAUGUAUCCCCUCUUAUUUCAUGCUUUGAAUAGCUAAUCUUGAAUUGAGAUCCUGAGAAGGAUCCUGAGAAGGCCAGACAGUCCUGAACUCCUCUGACAGUUGGAAACUGCAUAUAAGUAAAAUGUCCUGAUGGGCUCUGAGUAUUUUCAUGGCUCCUGGGAAAGUACCCACUGUGCAAAGGCUGCAAAGCUGGACUCGGAUCUCCCCUGGCCAGCAGUGCUGACGUGAGAGCUUACUGCCCCAUCUGCCCAGACAAGACUUCCUUAGAUGCUUGAGCUCUAAAAAGUGUAAGCCCGCUUGUGUCUCCUCCCCAGUUGCGCUGGGGAGGAUGGCUCUUUCUUCAUUCCAGCCCAGGCAGACCGGAGUAUGUUGAAUAAGCAUGAUCGGGACCCUAUCUGGAUAUCUGUCGCCUGAGAAAAGAACUUGCUUUCAACGCGCUGCUUGUCUUCCUAUCCCAGCAGAUUGCAGUG